AUGGCGCCCUCGCUACCGCAGGAUCCGGCCGAUCCAUCCAAAAAGAAGGCGCCCAGCGCUCUGCGCUCCGUCAUCGCCGGAUCUACCGCCGUCGCCAAAACACGCUCGCAAUUGAACCGACGCUUGGAGGCUGGCAAGAAGCUUCCCUGGCCGCCGUUUGGCUCGCAGUGGUAUGCGGGUUGCACAACCCUGAUCAUCGGCAACUCGGCCAAAGCUGGCAUCCGCUUUGUCGCUUUCGACCAGUAUAAGAGCAUGCUGGCUGAUGAGAAUGGCAAGCUCACCGGCCCUCGCACAGUCCUCGCCGGUUUCGGUGCCGGCGUCACAGAAUCACUCCUCGCAGUCACCCCUACCGAGAGUAUCAAGACGACCUUGAUCGACGACCGCAAACGAGCCCAGCCACGCAUGCGCGGCUUCCUACAUGCUGUGCCGAUUAUUGCAAAGGAGCGAGGUCUCGCAGGGUUCUUCCAGGGUUUCGUUCCCACGACCCUUCGCCAGAGCGCAAACAGUGCGGUCCGCUUCGGCAGCUACACAUCCCUUCGACAGCUCGCCGAGUCAUGGACCGCACCAGGCGAGAAGCUCGGCACCAUAUCGACGUUCACCAUCGGUGGUCUGGCCGGCUUGAUUACGGUUGCUGUCACCCAGCCUCUGGACACCAUCAAGACCAGGAUGCAGAGCCCCGAAGCCAAAGCAGUAUACGGCAACACCCUCCGCUGUGGCACAAUGAUCUUCAAGAAUGAAGGCAUCACCACAUUCUGGAGUGGCGCGCUCCCUCGCCUCGCCCGAUUGGUUCUCAGUGGUGGUAUCGUCUUCACCAUGUACGAGAAGAGCAUGGAGUUGAUGAACAGAAUGGACCCUGAAAUGCGCGCAGCACCCGCUGACACGUGGUUUCCGGUCGGACGCCUCUCCUCGUUCCCCGAAGUCGGCGAAGAUGAUGAGGAUCUCGUCCACCCACGUGAGUGCAGCGCCACGGCCAGACCGGGCUGCAAAGUAUUCAAUGUGCCAAAGGACGAUCUGUCCAAACGAAGCGAGGUGUUGAUCACAACGGACGGGCUUGGACUCAUGGAUGAAGAAGGGCAGGCACUACAGGACCAGGUGUUGAUUUUCAAGCAUAGGGGCAAGAUGCAUGCCAUAGACCACAAAUGCCCGCAUUCAUCGUUCCCGUUAUCGCGGGGUAUCCCCUUUGACAUUGAGGACUUUGGCGUCGUCCUCAGCGCAGGCAUUACGUGCCCCAAACAUAGCUGGUCGUUCGACCUAUUCACGGGAAACGCAGAUCGCGGAGGCUAUAAGCUGCCGAUCUGGAAGGUCGAGCUGAGGGAUGUCAAGGCCUCGGAACCAGGAUCUGAUGAGCUACACGAUAAGGAAGUUUGGAUCGUCGAAAAUGGCCGCAUCAGAUCACGCCGGAGCGCUCGCUUCAGCACGUCCGAUGAGGCUGCCGUUCCUGCUACGUACAGAUCGGGCGGCGCGUCCGACGAUGGGGAGUACAUGGAUGCCCACUCGCUGCUCAUGCAAAAGUACCGCGAAGUGCCGGUAUGGUGGUACAUGGGCACGCUCGUGGUCGCCACAGCCCUCGGCUUUGCAGGCGUGGGCGCUUGGUCAACGUACACGACCUGGGGUGUUGUGCCACAUAGUGUUCUGCUGGCGCUGGUCUUUGUGGUCCCCGUAGGCAUCGUCAAGAGCAUAACCGGUAUCGAGGUGCUUCUCAACGUUUCAGCCGAGUUUAUUGGCGGUAUGACCAUCCCAGGCAACGCUCUCGCAAUGAACUACUUCAAGACGUACGGCCCACUACUUGAAGCUUCCUCCACGUGUGACCUUUUCUGGCCAGAUGAUCGCCACGCUGAUAUCAACAUUUUCCUCCUCGGCGUCCCCUCGUUCCAAAUCGACAUUCCUAGAGUGUGCGCUGCCGAAGCCCCCAUGCGCUUCACCUGUCCGGCCCUGAACUCAUACUUCACAUCUUCCGUCCUAUGGGGCACCAUUGGCCCUGUCAAGAUGUUCUCCCGUAAGGGCCAAUACGCACCGCUUCUUCUGGGACCCCCACUGGGCGCCCUCACGCCCCUAAUCUUCUGGGAUCUCAUGAAGUUGAUGCCCCGCAGUCGCUGGGUCUGUCAGGUUCAUCCCGUGGCAUCGUGGUACGGCGGCGUCUUCUGGGUGCCCUACUCUUUCAGCUACGCCUGGCCCGCGGUGCCGGUGGCAUGGCUUAGCUGGAUCUACAUCAAGAGCCGCUUUCUUGCGUUCUGGAGCAAGUAUAAUUUUGUCCUUUCGGCCAGUUUCAGCGCUGCCAUUGCCAUCAGUGGCAUCGUCAUAUUGUUCAGUGUGCAGUGA